AUGCAGAUAUUUCCCAAAAAUCCAGGAACCUGGGUAGGGUGGCACAAGCUACACUCCAAGGCUGGGAAGAAGGAGAAGGAGCGUGGUGAGAUCCUGGUGAGCAUCCAGUUUACGCGCAACAACCUCACGGCCAGCAUGUUCGACCUGUCCAUGAAGGACAAGCCGCGGUCGCCCUUCGGCAAGCUGAAGGACAAGAUGAAAGGCAAGAAGAAAUACGACUUGGAGUCGGCUUCUGCCAUCAUCCCCAGCAGCAUGGGCGCCCUCGACAUGGAGGAUGACUACGACAUUGGGGGCAAGAAGUCCAAAGUCAAGGGCUUCUUCUUGAAGAACAAGCUGCGCAAGUCAUCCCUGACGCAAUCCAACACCUCCCUGGGAUCCGACAGCACCAUCUCUUCUGCCAGCCUGGGCUUGGCUGCAAAUGUUCCCGAGGUAACCAAAUCCCCGAGCAGACACAGCAGUCUGUCCACGGAGCGCUCUGUGAAAGACUACUUGCCAUCUCCAAAGCUGACCCACAAGAGAGCAUUCAGUGAUGAUGUCUCCCAAGUCAGCCCGGUCCUGGAGCCCAAAGCAAUCCAAAGCCUGAAGCCAAAGAACGAUCCCGUGUCCCGGUCUUCCCUCUGCAUCAACGGGAGCCACGUUUACAGCGAUGAACCUGCACCAAAGAGCCCCGUGUCUGUCCCGCAGAGCUCUGCGCCGCUGUCCGUGCCCAGCGUCCCCAGACGGCAGGAGGAGGGCUUCGGCUUCACUCCCCUCCAUCCCGACUCCCACGAGGUGCCUUGGGGGGUCAGCAGCUUUGAGAGGACACAGCAGAGAGACGAGCCCAGGUUCAUCCCCUCUCCUCCCAGCUUAGCCUUGCAAGAAGAGCUCAAGGUCUCCACGAAAGCCGUCACUCUCAGUAACCAUCUGGGCAGAGCCAAGAUGGAAGAAAACAGUCGCUUAGAGAACAAGCCGACUCAAGCUGCAACACCCAUGGUCUUCUCCACGGAAACGACGAAGGACAAACAACCCGAGGAAACGAGGAAGGAAGACAAGAAGGGGAAGGGCGGCCUCUUCCACCACGGGGGCAACAAGAGUGACGUGGGGAGCAAAGGCCAGGGGGAGAAAGUGGGAUUCUCCCACGACUCGUCCGUCCACGCGACGGCAGGGGGAGAUGAGAGGAAUAAAACCAGCGGCUGGUUCAGUUCAAAGGAGCCCAAAGAGUCCCCUCAGAAACCCAGUCCUCACCCAGUGAAACCCAUCAGCGCUGCGGUGCAAGAGGUCUCCAGCGAGAAGAAGCAGCAGCACAGGUCCAGCCUGACGACCGCUCUGAGCAAUGGCCUAGAGAAGCUGAAGACAGUCACCACGAGCAGCGUCCAGCCUGUGGCCCCAUCCUCACACCUGGAGAAAACAGACUCAAAGAAGUUAAAGGAUCCCGCCGUACUGGACCAGUCAGCUAAGUAUUAUCACUUGACCCACGAUGAACUCAUCCAGCUCCUGCUGCAGAGAGAGAAGGAGCUGAGCAAGAAGGAGGAGCACAUCCAUGAACUGGAGAACUACAUUGACCAGCUGCUGGUGCGCAUCAUGGAACAGUCUCCCACACUCCUCCAGAUCCCGCUGGGGGAAAGCAAGACCAAGUAACCCCUCCCCAGAGACCAGCAUCACUUGCCUAGAGCACUUCUCCAAUAAACAGGCUGCAAACAUCCCUGCACUCCCCCCUCCUCUUACAAGAGGGCUCCAGUGGCUUCUGUUCGCAGAGUUUAGCAGGAAAGAUUAUCUGCUCCUUCCCAGCCCAAGCUUAUCCCAGCUCUGGCUCCAGGGAACUAUAGGGUGGUGGGCUGUCAUCCACCCUGUGGGGAGGAGCAGAGCCCUUCACACGAGGCAGAGGCCUCCUUAGGUUCCUGUCGUUGUGACCAAGUGGCCUCUUCUCAAGCACUCAUCCCGCCAAUGCUUUAAGUGGUCCAUGGACAUUUGAGAGCUGGAAACCAACCUCCUCGCCCAUGGCUUCAUCCUGCAACUGCUGCUCUUCUGCCCACACUCUUCCACAUCUCUUUUCUCUGAAGUGGUGUACCCUGGCUGAUGGAUGAUGUUAAAUUGGUUGAUGACAUCGGUGAUGCUUAAACUCAGUACGGGUCUACCACCGAGGUACUGUCCGCUGAGCCUGCUCGGCAGGGCA